AUGGGCGCAGGCGGUGGUGCCGCCGGGCUGGUUGCCGGAGGCACGCUCGGAGCCGCCUGCGGCGUGCCGUUCUCGUUGUUCACGUUCGGCCUCAGCAUCCCAGUGGGCGCUGCUGUCGGCAGCGCUGCGGGCCUGUGUGCUGGCGCCAUUACUGGGGGCACGGCAGGCCUGGUCGGAGGAGGGGCGGCCGGGUACAAGAUUCACCAGAAGAAGGACAGCAUCGCCGAGGGCUUCAGCGCUGCGGCGGGCACGAUCAGCGACGUCAGGGGCAUGGCGGCGGAAAAGGCGAGCGUGUACAAGAUGAAGGUGGUUGAUUCCACUGCGGCGUCUGCGUCUCUCGUCCGGAGCGCGUUCGUUGGCGGCACUGGUGGCGCCGACGAGGGCAAGUGA